CUGCCGCGGGCCCCCCGGGGCCGCUCGGCCGCUCGGCGGACACCACCCGCCAACGGCAUAUGACCACCAAGUUCCCCGCGCCGAGCUGGGCGACGGAGACCACCCACGCCAACCUCGCGCUCGAAGUGCGGAGCGGCGGGACGCUUCUGCGCCGGCACGAGCUCCCGCGCGGCCGCCGCGUGUUUGUGAUCGGGCGGCAGGCGGACGUGGCCGACGUGGUGGUCCGCGACGACGAGACGGCAUCGCGGCAGCACUGCGCCAUCGUGCCGCGCGGCGAGCGCCUCUACCUCAUCGACCUCCGCUCGACGCGCGGCACCUUUGUCGACGGGGCGCGCCUCCCGCCGAACGAGCCGACCGAGCUGUCUCCCGGCGCCAGGCUGGCGCUGUCGGACGCGCCGCCGUACUCGAUCGAGCUCGUCGGCCUCCCGCGCGCCGGCCUUGCAGCCGCCUCCUCGGUGCCCAUCUCCAUGGCGGCGGGUGCCGUCCCGGUUCUCGGGCGACCCGUCCUACUACAACCAAAAGUGGGACCCUGACGCGGCGGCCGCGAGGCGAGACGAGGCGCUUCAGUUGGAGACGAACCUCCGCUGGUCACCGCCGGCGUGGGCGGUGAUGGGGACGGGCGCGAGCCUCGCGGUCAACCUCGUCGAGGGCGGGGAGGUCGUCCAGGCGCUCGACCUGAGCCAGAAGAAGGCGUAUGUGCUCGGCCGCUCCCGCGAGCAGGCGGACUACGUCGUCCCGGACGAGUCGGUCUCUCGGCAGCACGCGGCGCUGAUGCACGGGCCUCCCGACCCCCCCCGGCCCGGCGAGGCGCACGAGGCGCUUCUCACGCCGUGGCGCUGCCGCUGCGGCUGGGAGAACCGGCCGACGAACGGCGUCUGUGGCGGAGGCCGCAGGCCGUACGGGUGCGGCGUCAACCGCGCCGUCGGCUGUCCAGAUUACCGGCCCGCCACCGCCGCGCAGACGUCGCUGCACGUGGCGGACCUCGGCUCGACCAAGGGCACGUUCCUCGACACGGGCGACGGCGUCUGGCGGCGGCUGCAGCAGCAGACGCCCAUACGAGUGCCGCCCGGCGGCCGCCUCCGGCUCGGCGAGUGCGAGACGCUGGUGGUGCGUCCCGCGCCGCCCAGCCAGCCCGCGCACCAUCCGACGCAGAGCAUCGUGCCGAUGGGCGCCGCCGCCCUCGCGGCGGCUCGAGCCGCCGCGGCGUCGCGCGCCGCGGAGGACGACAAGACGUCGGCCUACCGAAAGGCGAUGGAGGCGGCCGCGGCCCUCGUCGCG